AUGGGUAGCGACCUUUCAGUUGUAAUGCGAACCUGUGCUCCGGUGCCUAAAGUCGUUCGUGAGGCACUGGAGCAGAGGCGGAGUUCCUCUCGUGGUGGCGAGGAGAGCGGUGCGUUGCCAAUGUCGUACACAGAGUUUCGCCUCGUGUGUGGAGAGAUCUUCAACCCGGAGAUGCUGACGGAGGUUUCAAAAGGGACAGCAACACCGCCUUCCAUACGGCUCCUCGUAGCAGACACCACGCCUCAAAACCUCAGUUUGCUCGAGCUCGAGGACGCGGCGCAGUUUCCCCAGUUGCAUGAUGCACUGCGCUGCAAAGAGUGUCUAGGACGGGUGGGCCUCGUUGUAGACCCCUCCGUUCGCAUUGGGCAGCGUUUGUAUGCUGCGGAGCAGCGUCACAUAUUUACACAAGGCUUCUCCAUGUUUCUCUCCAAACUUGUCCUUGCAAUGAAGCACGUUGCCCCCAGUUCUCCGGAGGAUUGGUUUCUGGGCGUGGAAGAUGAGUCGCCGCCAGCUGGGAAUCUUGUCAGUACUCGACAAAACUCACCCUCUAAGUCCAACUCAUGUGUGCCGCACGAACUUUUCCUCCUGGACCUUGAGCAGGGUUUACUGGAUGACGUGAGUGGGCCUUGGCUUGUGCGUGACAUUGUCGACCACAUGGGUCGUGUGCUGCACUAUCAUUCGGCUGUCUCGCUUUUGUGUGGCCCGAGCACCCCGUCUCCCAGUAUGUCCAGGAAUAUACUGGAGACGCCCAUGUCGGCGGACACGUCGAGCUCCAGUCGCGUACUGGCUCGUGUUUUUGCUUCCUGUGAAAGCACCGAAACCCCGCUGCCGGCUGCUGACGCGGCGCAACUUGGCUUUUGCAGGUCACUUCGGCACGUGCUUCUCGCCCAGAACAAUAUGUCCCGGACGGGACUGCGCAAGUGCCUCCUGGAGCUUCUCAACAAUAAUGAGCAAGAGCAUGGAACGCCUGUCCGAUUUCUUCAGAUGAUAGAUGUGAGAGAAAAUGAGGAGUCUGAGGCGACACAACGAUUUGUUUCUGAAUUGUCAUCCUACACUGGUGUACAGAUUAUCAUAGGAACAAGUGGUAAACGGUGGCGCCACCGAGCACCUUAUUGGGCCAAUAAGGGUCUCCCGCAUGACGGCGUUGGAGUUGCGGGUAUGAUGCUGUCCCUCGCACAAGGCAUGCCGUGCUUCAAAGCUAAUGCUUCUGACCGCCCCGAACUCAAUCCAAGUGAAAAAGUGGAGUUGACACCUGUCUCUUUUGUGCAGCAGGAUCAGUCACGCUCGCUGGAGAAGGUAAACCCGCAUUCGGUGGGGAACAGGAGUGACGUUGCCACCAUGAGGCCGCAUUCGGAGAGUGGGCAGAAGGGGGCAUUUGUGCCUCACACUGUGGAACAACAUAAUGAAGAAUCGACAAAGAUAAAUGCGGCUUCUGAUGGCACGGCUGCCGCGUUGGAGACAAAAGGCAGAUGUAUGGGAGUGAAUGCGCCGAAGAACAUGUCUUUGGACUCAUUUUCGUUGAAUGAAGAGGAAAUCAACGAGGGGGACAUGGACGAGGAACGAAUGCGAUCACUCCGUUUGGACGCGGCGGGUGAGGCGGAAGCUGAGGCCGCGGAUGAUAAGGAGCUGCUGGAUAUUCAUGCAAGUUUGCUGGCGGACUCUCCUACCACCUCUCAGGGCGGAAAAUUGGGCCCGGGCGUUGCCUCACUGGAUGCACUAGCUGCCACGCAUGAGAUGAAGGGCCCCUCGGCCGAGGGCAUGGGUGCCGUGCUGCCGCUGGAGACGCCUGUAAAGCUGGGGUCCUCUACCUCUUCGUCUUAUAUUGUGGAAAAGGAGGAAGCCCCUGGGACGGCAAAGGCUGUGCCGGCCCCGCCGCAGCUGAAGAAAGGAGUGCGCCCUCACUCGCGUCAUGUGCCGCCUGCGGCGCAAACUGGGAAAUCGGUCCGCGCCCCCAAGCGUCCCCAGCAACAAAGUCGCGACGCCACAGUGAACAAGGAGAAAAACUCAGAUGUCCGUCGUCAGCAGCGUCCCGGUGCUCGUUCGCCGCCCAAAGCAACUAAGACCACCUCUGGAAAACGGGGUAGUGCUCCAAGCACGUUGCCCGCAAGAGGGAGAAAAGCAACCGGGGCGGUGCCAUUGUGA